AUGAAUCCGCGGUACACAGCUAAUCUGUUAUCAAUCAUAACAUUUGGGGUCGACUCUACGUACUUCUACCGUUUGUUUUCGUACUACGACAAAGAGAGUGGGGUGCUAUUCGGAGAGGCGGUAUUUUUCGCUUUCGGUGUUGUAUUCUGUAGCACUGCGAACGUUAUGGUGGCCCAUCCCUUCAUGAUGGGCGUCACGCAUCUCGGCAUGAAGAUGAGAGUUGGCGUGUGCAGCCUCAUUUAUAGAAAGAUAAUGACCGUAUACUUAUACAGAGAAAUGGGCAUGCCAGCUGUCUACGGAGCACUAAUAGUUAUUGGUGUUGUGCCCUUUCAAAGU